CGCUUUCCACCGCCCCUCCAGGCGCGUGAGCCAGUAGGGCGGGCCUCAGCGGCGGCGCGACGAGUCCAGAGGGGAGGACUGAGGAAGGGGCGUGGCUAGCAAGCCGGCCUCGGCCACCCUCUUCCGGGCUUCGCCAGCUGCGCGCGCACCUCCCCCCCCUUCUUUUGUGGUCCGGCCCAUUGCGAGGGUGACAGGAAACCCUGUGCAGGGAGCGCCGCCAUCUUGGACCUGCCCGAGGAAGAUCCUGAGGGAGCCGCAGGAGCAGUCGCCGCUGCCACCGCUACCGCCUCUGGCACGGGUGCACCUCUUGGCCAGCCCGCCUGUCUGCCGGGGCCUCGGCCGACCGCCGCCGCCCCCUCUUCCGCUGCGUCCGCACUCCUUUUCCUCGUCCUGACGCCCCCCUCCCGCCCGGAAAGCUGCCCAGCCACCAGCAACCCCCCAGUGCCACCAUGGCAACUGCACCGUACAACUACUCUUACAUCUUUAAAUAUAUAAUUAUUGGGGACAUGGGAGUAGGAAAAUCUUGCUUGCUUCAUCAAUUUACAGAAAAAAAAUUUAUGGCUGAUUGUCCUCAUACAAUUGGUGUUGAAUUUGGUACAAGAAUAAUCGAAGUUAGUGGCCAAAAAAUCAAACUGCAGAUUUGGGAUACAGCAGGACAGGAACGGUUUAGGGCUGUUACACGAAGCUACUACAGAGGAGCUGCAGGAGCCCUUAUGGUGUAUGAUAUCACUAGAAGAAGUACAUAUAACCACUUAAGCAGCUGGUUGACAGAUGCACGGAAUCUCACCAAUCCAAAUACUGUAAUAAUUCUCAUAGGAAAUAAAGCAGAUUUGGAGGCACAGAGAGAUGUUACCUAUGAAGAAGCCAAACAGUUUGCUGAAGAAAACGGCUUAUUGUUCCUUGAAGCAAGUGCAAAAACGGGAGAGAACGUAGAAGAUGCCUUCCUUGAGGCUGCCAAGAAAAUCUAUCAGAACAUUCAGGAUGGAAGCUUGGAUCUGAAUGCUGCUGAGUCUGGUGUACAACACAAACCCUCAGCCCCACAGGGAGGCCGGCUAACCAGUGAACCCCAACCCCAGAGAGAAGGCUGUGGCUGCUAGUGACCUCUUUGCCGUGGCCCCUCAUUUGACCUUUCACCUCUGUCUGUUGGAAGCAGUACUUUUUACUGCCUCAUUGUCUUCUGUACAUCUUACUGGGUUUAAUUAAAAAAAAAAAAAGAAAAAAACUCUGUUGUAAAAACAGUUUAACACAAUACUAAACUGCUAAACAACUAGAUGUAAUCAGGUUAUCAAAGGCAAGUAGAGUAAUCUCUCCUGCAUGGUAAAUCUAGACUUUUUUUUCCCCCCCUUGUCCUUGUGAUAGGUAUGUCACCAAUAUAUGAUUUAAACUGAGCACUGAUGCUGGACUUCAUGAUUUUUACCCUCCCUCUUUGGCAAGGCUUUGUCUCAUUGUAUGGUUUAAUUUGAUGGUAUCUUAAGCUUUUCUCCCCAUCUUUAACUGUUCAAGUAUGUCUGUUGUAACCAAUAUGUUCAUUGCUGUGAAAUGACUUCUGAUGGUAGAGAAGGGGUCCUAUAACUGCUUUUUUUUGUUGGGUAAAUUCCCUGUUGUGUGGGUGGCAUUUUUCUUGACAAGGUUAGCUUCUGUCUUAGCCUUGCACAGGAAAAUACCUAUUUAUCUUCUCUUUUGUGCUUAAUUAAUAGCUUUAUCUUUUUUUUACACCAUUUUAUCCUUUUCUCUUUAACAGAAAGUAAAUAUGUAUAAAAUUUGAAGGAACCGAACUAACGAUACAUUCUGUGUAUAUUAUUUUAAUGAAGAAAAUAAAUUGAUUACUGGCAUUGGAACAGUAUAAAAUACCAGUUUGUACAGUAUGACCUAUAUGUGACCAUGUUAUUCCCUGCCAUUUCACACAAGGAAAUAGACACAACUGCAGUUCACAAGUGGUACUGGCUCCACCCCUUGGUGCUGGCAGUGUGUGGGGACAUUAUGCUGGAAAGAGCUCCUAGCAUCAGAGGAUUAACACUAGCAGAUUCUGUUCCAUCUUUACACUGUUGCUUACCUGCUGAUUUUCUUAACUGUUCUUGUGCAAUCGACAAUGUGCUAACCUGCUUUUCUCUUUUUGUAAACGUUUUGCAUUACAGGCUGCAUUCUUGCCUUACUGUAUAGAAAAAGAAAAAAGGCUGGGUUUAUUAUUGCACAUUUUAAGCUUUUAUACCUUUAUCUUCUUGGAAUGGUUAGAUUCUGAACCAAACAGCCAGAACCACAGGUCUGCUGUUAAGGGAUUUUAAAUUGUGCAUUUUUAACACUACAGUGAAAUAAUUUAAGAUAUCCCUUGUGUUCAUAGUAUGAGGGGCUAUUUUAUGUCAUGUUGGCAUAAAUUAUUUUGUAAAAGGGAAAUGUUUCUAAUGGUGUUUCAGUGCUUGUGCUGAUACAAAGUAAGUUAUUACUUUGCACUAGGUGGUUUGGCCACUGAAAGAAUACUGUAUUGCAGGAGAAACAAUCUUAUUUAUUUAGACAACAAACUUAAGUUUUACUAAGUCCUUCACUUCUGUUGACUGAUUUCUAAUUGAGUUUUAUGGUUCGGUGGCUGGGAAUUGAGAAGUUAUUUGAAGUAGGAUAGGGUAAACCUCAGCAUAUUCUAUGAAAUGCAUUCAGCUCAACUGCUGUGUUUAAAAUACACAUUUUAAAUCCCUCUUUACAGACACGUAAAAGUACAUCUUUCUGGGUUCUAAACAUAUGGUAGUACCAGAGUAUUGUAUAGUCAAUGUUAAAUAAAAGCCAAAACUGGAAUGUGCAGAAAAUAGGACUUGGUUAAUUUGUGGACUCAUUUUUAUUUUUGCCUUUGUUUAACUUUUUAAGAAAUAAGAUUCCUGGAGUAGAUUGGUAUAUUCUGUUAAAGUGAUCCAUUUUGCUUACACUGUUGCAUCACAAGGGAUUCACCCAGGGACCAUGACCUGCUGGUGUGUGUGUGUAUAUUUACAAAAACAAAACAAAACACUCAUUGGGAUAUAAGGUAGCAAUCACAAACUAAAGACUGCGGCUUGUUUAGGUGCAAUACCCUGAUUCCCAAAGUUAGCUACAGUGGGUCUUACUGUUUUUGUGACAGAAGGAUUUAUUCAGACUGCUGUACUCAUUUGAUGUAACAAAAUGCUAUUAAUCUAAAUAUUUGUAAAUAAAGUACCUGUAUCUAGAUUAAAUUAAAAUUGGUUGCAUUAUUUUCUGAACUAUAAUAGGGUUUAUUUUCUUCAGGUGAGCAAUUAUUUAGCAUGUCAGUUUUUAUUGCAGAACUGUCCUUAUUUAUUGUAUAAAGAGAGGUCUAUAUCUGUAGCAUUUAAAACCACAGCACUAAGUAAUUGUGCUACAGUUUUAUCCUUGUGUUUGCAUCACCCUGGCAGUAUUUCAGUCAGCCUUUUUCAGUGUAAGAUCAGCACAUUUUGGUGGCUGAUAGUGUUCUCUUUUGACUGUACUUGGGGCCAAAUUCUAUUAUUUGCAUGUGUAAUCCCCCAUAGUAAACUUGGGUGCUCAAAAAUAGAGGAGCAAAUUGUUAUAACAUCUGUGUGCCAGACACUGGGCAGUAUAUUUUGGAGAGAAAUGUGGAAUUCUUUUAAUUUUUAAUCCAUAAGCACUUACUGCUUGUACGGGUCACCUACUUCUCUGGGUUACUCAUCCUCACACCUAUGAGGCCCUCUGAUUAGUAAUUGGUGCUUGGUACUAUUUAUGCGUUAGACAUUCCAGUACAAUGUUCAAAUCUUUUUCAUGGAUAAUAAAGUGUUUGAUGCAGUAA